AGAAACCACCAAAUUCCCAACGCCCAACGGAUUGGCGUGAUUCAUCGCAACAAUCAACAACUUCACUACAACCUCUGAUGGCGAUUUCUAGGGUUUUAGUUUUACACUUCCCAAUUCGAAAUUCUUGUUACAAAAGCUUCAACAUAAGGUAUCACUUUUCAAUGUUCAGUCUGCUGUUCGGUGGGAAGUUGGUGCGUUGCAAAUUGCAGAUGUGAUAUUUCCCCUGCAUUUGAUGUUUUAUAUGUUUACAAUCUCCAUGACCAGGUCCGUUUACGCAACCUUCUCCUUUCUUCCUUUAAAUAUCUUAUACAUUACUUCAUCACUAUUUCUUUUUCUUUUAUCCAAUCUAUUGUUUGCCUUUCAUUUUCACCUAAUUUAGCUUCACUUCCAAUCCAGAAUUUGAUGCUUCCUUUUUAUCUUUAUAUUUUUUUUCCACAACAAACUCUGACAUUCUCAUUCCAACGAUUUAAAAUAUAUGAUAACAGUAAGUGAAAGGAACACAUGUCAUGACUUAUUAGUAUCCCUAUAUAGAAAAUUCAACUGGGGCUCUCUCAAAUCAAAUUAUUUGGAAUGAUAGUAUGAAUUAGUGGGUAUUUCAUACUGUAUAUGAAACGUUUUUGAGAAGUGAAGCUCUUCAUACAUUAUGGGGAAGUCAGGGUCUAAACAAGGAGAUGCUAAUUCACCAUGUGGGUCGUUUAAGUAUCAGUUUAGGUAUCAAAAAAUGGUGCAAGGAAGUGAUCCAACAAAGGGGAGGAGGGUGUCAGGGGGAGUCUACCAGUGGGAUAAGCUUGAGUUGUUUAAUGGAUUAAGGAGUAACUCCAUGAAAUUAGGUUCUAUAAAGGGUGCUUAUGUUGGAAAAAGGCAUACUUGGAUCCGUAAACAUUUUUCAUCAAUUGUUUUCACACUUUUAUUGAUGGGUUUUCUUUUUCUUUUGGAUUCUCUUAUGGGUUCCAUCUUUGAACCUUCGGUUCUUCAAAGUAAUCCACCUCCCAAAAAAUUGUCUACUGAAACUGAAAUGUUUGGAGAUAAAAGUGGCAAAAAUGUGGUGCAAAUGUAUGGUCACCUUGCAAGCAUGGCUUCUAGUGCUCUUGUAGAGAGAGAGCUUAAACAAGAGGAAUCAAGAUUUUGGAAGGAAUCUUAUCGAAAAGCAUCAUUAUGGAGUCCUUGUGCAGAUAGAAAGGAAUCAAGAAAUACAGGAAGUUUUCAAAGCAACACUGGUUAUAUAUUGGUUAGUGCAAAUGGAGGUCUAAAUCAACAACGUGUUGCUGUAUGUAAUACUGUUGCUGUAGCAUCAUUAUUAAAUGCAACAUUAGUUAUUCCAAGGUUUCUUUACAGCAAUGUAUGGAAAGACCCAAGCCAGUUUGGUGAUAUUUAUCAAGAAGAUUAUUUCAUGAAAACAUUGAAAGAUGAAGUUAAUAUAGUAAAGGAUCUCCCACCUCAUUUGAAAUCACUAAACUUCAAAGAAAUCGGUAGUCUGAUAACUGAUGCAGAUCUCACUAAAGAAGCAACAUCAGUUGAAUACAUCAAGAAAAUUCUUCCAAUUUUAUCAAAAAAUGGAGUUGUUCACUUUCUUGGAUAUGGAAAUCGCCUUGGAUUUGAUCCUUUGCCUUCUGAUCUUCAGAGGCUAAGAAGAAUAAGAAAAUACGAUGAGCCAAGGAACAAAUUAGAUAAGGAACUAUUAGGAGAUUUCAUCACAAAUCCUCGUUCAAAGUCAAAGUCAAAGUCAAAGUCAAACAGUCAAGAUACAGAUGGAGAACCACUUAAGUAUCUUGCUUUGCAUUUGAGAUUUGAAGUUGACAUGGUUGCCUACUCUUUAUGUGAUUUUGGUGGUGGAAAAAUUGAGAAAGAUGAACUUCAAACUUACAGAGAAUCCCACUUUCCAUUACUAAUGCAACGAUUAAAGAAGUCAAAGCCUAUUUCACCAGAAGAACUAAGAAUUUCAGGAAGAUGUCCAUUAACACCAGAAGAAGCUGCACUUGUUUUAGCUGCUCUUGAUUACGCCCUUUGA